CGCUCCGCAAUCAGAUUCGUCUAAUCGUUCGUAUAAAUAUUUGUUUAUUCCAUUUUCCAGUCCCAGAUUUAAAGAUUCUAUAACUCAGUCUCGAGUGGAGUAGAGUGUGGACUCAGUGGGAAUCGUCACCAUGACCAAGGUUCCUCCUACUUCGGCUCCGAGCUUGUCAAUGGCGGCGGCGUCGACGAUCAAAGCCUACUCGGUGCCUUUGGCUCUCUUCUUAGGAGCUAUGUUCUAUCAAGUCGUUCUAAUUCCUAAAUCCUUUCCUCCUUCUCAUUACGACGCUCUGCUUAUCAGUAAGUACAGUUCAAUUGAAGAAGUGAAGGAAGCCUACGAGAAACUUUCAUCCAAGUGGAAUUCAGACAUUGACGUUCCUCUUGCUUCUGAUUUUAUCAAGAUUCGCUAUGCUUAUGAGUUGCUGACAAACCCAACAUGGAAGAAAAAUUAUGAUAUAUUUGGUAUUGAAGAGCAAUUAGGUGUUUUUGAGAAGGCCAAAGAACAGUAUGCAGGAAGUAGUAUUUCAACCAUAGACCUUCCGUUAUUAGAUUCUGCAAUUCCAGAUACUGGAGAUGAUAGUCUUAAUGUCAUAACCUCCGAGGGCUUUCAGUCUAUGUUGCAGGAUGCCCAGCCCUUACUAAUCCAGCUGUUUUCAUUUGGGAGCAAGAGUUCUUUUCAGUUUUCUGAUGCCUGGAAAAGAAUUGCUGUUUUGCUGGAUGGGGUUGCAACUACUGCUUCUGUGGAACUUGGGAACCUUCAACUUGUGGCAUAUCUUUCUGAAAAGAAACCAACAGGACGGCCUUUUUUUAGAAAUGGCUUUCCUUCUCUUGUUACUUUUCCCCAAGGGUGUAGAACUGCUGAUUGUCUUAUUAGGUAUGAUGGGGAGCUGUCUGUUGAUGCAGUUACAGAGUGGUUCGCAACAAAUAUUGUCGGUUUACCUCGGAUUUUUUACUACUCAAAAGAGUCGUUGGGACAAAAUUUCCUGGCAAAAGUUAGUCCUCAUAAGGUAAAAGUCAUUAUCUUCUCAAGAACAGGGGAACGAGCAGUUCCUGUUGUACGUCAAGCUGCUAAAAAGUAUUGGUCUCAUGCCUCUUUUGCAUUUGUGCUUUGGCGAGAAGAGGAAUCUUCUGUUUGGUUCAAUGCGUUUGGGGUGGAGAGUGCACCAGCAAUAGUAUUUUUGAAAGAUCCAGGUGCCAAACCUGUAGUGCACCAUGGAGCAAUUAACAACUCAUGGUUUUCAACUAUUAUGGAACAGAACAAACAGCUAGAGCUUCCUCAGUUGAGAAGUGCAACAUCAAUGGAAUUGGGCUGUGAUGCUAGAGGCUAUUCUCGUGCUGGAUUUGAUACCUCUACUUGGUAUUGCGCCAUUCUUGCAGGAAGGCAUUGCCCAGAACUCAAUAAAAUGCGUGAAACCAUACACAGGGUUCAAGAAAUACUAUCCGGUGAUAUUGAGUCUAGUGAUGAUCAAACCACAGCACCAGCAUUGGGUGCAAUAAGAAGCAAACGAUUGACUUUUGCUUGGCUUGAAGGGGAAACUCAAAAGAAAUAUUGUUUCUUUUACCUCAAUUCUGAAACCAGCUAUGAUACUUGUGGACCAAGGAGAGAUCUGGCUGAUGUACCACGGUUAUUUAUAGUGCGUUACAAAAGAAAUGCUAGCGAAGAGGACACAAAGCCUAAGAGAAAGCAAGGAAGCAUAUGGGACUCAUUACAAGAACAGGAAUUGGAUCCUGCAUCACAACUUGUGGCAAAGUACAAUGGUUCAGAUGAAACUUCAGAGAUCAUUAAAUGGGUCUCACAAAUAAUCAAGGAUGGUGACUCCAGGGAUCUGCCUCAUUAUCGAACAAAGACUCCUGAACUGGUUCCCGACGAUGCACAACCUAUCUGGUCAAAAGGUGUUCAAAGCUUACCUUCAACAUCCACAAUGAAGCAGGGUAUUCGUGGCCUUAUAACCAAAUUUUAUGAUUUCAUUGGAGAUCCAAGGAUUGGUCCCAUCCUUCUUCUGGCAGCUUUAAUAUCUUUUGGUAGCAUCUGGCUGCGAAGAAGUCAACCACCUCAACAGCCUAAUGAACCAGAUUCAAACCAACCAACUCAACCUAGUUCUAAGUUCCAGGAAAAAAGGAAAGCCAGAAGGAGAGAACGAGUGAGAACUGUGUCAAAUGACCGUCCUUCUCCUUCCAUCACCAAUGAAGAACCUAAAAAUGCUUACCAGAUGCCAUUUUCAGAUUCCGAUUCUGAGUAGUAGAUGCUCCUCAUUUUUCUAAAGAUGAAAUACUUGACCGAUAGCUGAAGUUGUGUUUAUAAGUGAGCCAUUAGUCUCCACUGUGAUAAUUGAAGCCAUAAAUAGAACCUGGCGAUUCUUAACACUACCAACUACUGGUUUUAUGCUCUGUAGAUUUUACAAUUACAGCUCCUUAAAGUUUCUAGUUUCUUGUAAUAUUGGAGAUACUUGUUUAUUUGCCUAACCGAGUGACACGGUACAUAAUCCUCCAUCAAUAUAAAGUAAUUUAGUGAAAACACAAA